GAAAAAUAACCCUGGGCCCGUGGCCGUGGCUUUCUUCUUUCUCCACCUCUUUCAAUUAUUCUCUAUUUCUCCCGUCUCUCCCAUCGACGUCCAGCUCCACAUCGCCAACCACCCAGGUUUCUUUCUCCUCCCUGCGGCAGCCACGCACCGCCACGCCAAGGGUGAUUUCAAAUCAAGGGAUUUGAAAUCCAUCAAAAUCCAGUGUUUCCAAACAAGGGCUAACGUUGUAUGCUUCACGAGAAAUCCAUCACUUGAAGAAAUCUAAGAUUUCAAUUGUUUUGCAUGCUUUGAGAUAGUCAAAGAUCGAUGUUCUAGGGUUUUUGUUUUUGGAUCGCGUCGUGGUUUUAGUCUAUCUAUGAAAUUUGGUUGGAGUUAUUCAAGAGAUGUAUAGCAAUUUCAAGGAGCAAGCUAUUGAGUUCGUGAAGCAGGCGGUACAAGAAGAUAAUGCUGGCAAUUACGCGAAAGCCUUUCCCCUGUAUAUGAACGCUUUGGAGUACUUCAAAACUCAUUUGAAGUAUGAAAAGAAUCCCAAGAUCAAGGAAGCUAUUACCCAGAAAUUCACCGAGUAUUUGCGCCGUGCCGAGGAGAUACGGGCGGUUCUCGAUGACGGCGGUCCUGGUCCAGCUUCCAAUGGGGAUGCAGCCGUUGCAACUAAGCCCAAGACGAAACCUAAGGAUGGAGAAGGAGGGGAUGGAGAGGAUCCAGAACAGGCCAAGUUACGGGCUGGUCUUAAUUCGGCAAUCAUAAGGGAGAAGCCGGAUGUCAAGUGGAACGAUGUUGCUGGAUUGGAGAGCGCCAAGCAGGCAUUGCAAGAGGCGGUAAUAUUGCCUGUUAAGUUCCCACAAUUCUUUACUGGCAAGAGGCGACCGUGGCGAGCUUUCUUGUUAUAUGGGCCUCCUGGAACUGGAAAAUCAUAUUUGGCAAAGGCUGUUGCAACGGAGGCUGACUCAACAUUUUUCAGCAUUUCUUCUUCGGACCUUGUCUCGAAAUGGAUGGGUGAAAGUGAGAAGCUAGUUUCAAAUCUUUUUCAAAUGGCUCGUGAUAGUGCUCCGUCUAUCAUCUUUAUUGAUGAAAUAGAUUCAUUGUGUGGUCAACGAGGUGAAGGUAAUGAAAGUGAAGCUUCAAGACGCAUUAAGACUGAACUUCUUGUGCAGAUGCAGGGUGUAGGACACAAUGAUCAAAAGGUUCUUGUUCUUGCUGCAACAAACACUCCCUAUGCUUUGGAUCAGGCCAUUCGUCGACGGUUUGACAAGCGGAUAUACAUUCCUCUUCCUGAUUUGAAAGCUAGACAGCAUAUGUUCAAAGUGCAUCUGGGGGAUACACCACAUAAUUUAACGGAAGCAGAUUUUGAAAGCUUAGCACGCAGGACAGAUGGUUUCUCGGGUUCAGAUAUUUCAGUUUGUGUGAAAGAUGUGCUCUUUGAACCUGUUCGUAAAACUCAAGACGCUAUGUUCUUCAUUAAGACUCCUGAUGGUAUGUGGGUACCUUGUGGACCAAAACAACAAGGUGCUGUCCAAAUUACCAUGCAAGAGUUGGCAGCCAAAGGACUCGCCUCAAAGAUUCUUCCUCCUCCAAUUACAAGAACAGACUUUGACAAGGUACUAGCUAGACAAAGGCCUACUGUGAGUAAAUCUGAUCUGGAAAUUCAUGAAAGGUUUACAAAAGAGUUUGGAGAGGAAGGUUGACGAGUUUGUUAUAUUUAUAUCGAGUCUAUCUUGAUUGUCACUAUUGCGUACAACCCAUCAGAGUUGUAUUUUAUUUAUUUGUUCCAGCUCAACAAAUUUAUAUAUUUUUCAAUUGUCCAUUGAAGGAGAAGCCAAUAUGCACAUUUUGUAUUGAGCAGAAACAUUGAAAUCUGACCUUUCUCAAAUUUCAUGCCUCCAA